AAGUGUCCUGACUGAUGAAAAGUCAGAUCCAAGACCGCGCCUACUUGUUUCAGACUGAGCACGUCGAGAGAAAGAUAACGGGACAAGCCGACAACCAAGAAGCCCCCGAAUAGAAGUGGACAUCUAUACCUGUUACUCACAGCUGACAUUAAUUGCUCUGUAAAUCUUCUUUUGUGAGCCCAUCAUGCCUGUGGUGUUGCGUUCCUCGCCUCUCCUGUGGGCCCGUGUGGCUGCCAUGGUUUUCGCCUGUGUAGCGUUCAGCGUAGCUCUUUAUGGAGCGAAUCUAACCCACGGGACGGGUGACUGGUGCGUGUUUUGCUGGAGUUUUAGUUUUGUUGGAACUCUUCUGAUAAUCUUAGUGGAAAUGUUUGGCCUGCAUACUCGCGCCCCGGUCUCAUGGAAGAACUUUCCGAUCACGUUCGCCUGCUACGCCUCCCUCCUCUGCCUCUCCGCCUCGAUCAUAUUCCCCCUGUACUUCCUGAAAGGCUACGCUGGUCGCAGCGAGAUGAUCAACUGCCGCAUUGUGUCUACCGUAUUUUCUUGCCUCGCCACCAUCGCAUACUUAAGCGAGGUGAGUCUGAGUAAGGCUCGUCCAGGAGAAGUAGCCGGCUACAUGGCCACGGCACCAGGGCUGUUAAAGGUGUGCGAGACCUUCGUCGCCUGCAUCAUAUUCGUCUUCAUCAGCGAGCCCAUAUCGUAUAACCAGAAUGCAGCAACCAAUUGGUGCCUGGCCGUGUACUGCAUCUGCUUCAUCUUGUCGGCUGCCGUUAUCGUGAUGUGCGUAGGAGAGUGCACAGGUUGCCUACCCUUCUCCUUCGCCCGCUUCCUGUCCACAUAUGCCCUUCUGGCUGUGGGCUUGUAUUUGUCUGCCACCAUAAUCUGGCCUAUUUAUAAGUUCGACAAUAAGCACGGAGGCCAGAGCCACAGACCCAACAUCUGUGGCUCCAGCAUCGGCCUGUGUCCAUGGGACAAGCUGCUGGCCAUCUCAGUCCUCAGUGCUCUCAACUUCAUUCUUUAUCUGGCUGAUCUCAUCUACUCAGCCAGGCUGGUGUUUGUUACUGUUUAAGGGGUUUACCGGGAAUUAAAAAGACAGAAUAAUACAAGAGGAAGGCAAAACAAUAGAAGGCAGAAAGAGGGAAGAGGGUUGGGGAGUAGCGAUGUUGAAAUGAUAGGUCAUAAACUAUAUUCACUGUUCGCUAUAUUUUUGUCAUGCCUGUUUAGCAAUCAUGUGUACAAAAAGUUUACACAAGUGUAAAAUGUAACAAAUGGACAAAAUUAAUUAUAUAUGUUAAAAGGAUUCAAUAAAAAAUAAUAUUUAUAUAUACACUACCGUUCAAAAGUUUGGAGUCAGUAAGAAUUUUUAGGUUUUUGAAAGAAGUCUUUGGGUGAAAACAGUAAUCUUGUGAAAUAUCAUUAAAAUGUUAAAUAACUGUUUGCUAUUUUAAUACAUUUUUAAAAUGUCAUUUAUUUCUGUGAUGGCAAAGCUGAAAUAUUAGCAUCCAUUACUCCAGUCACAUGAUCCUUCAGAAACCAUGCUGAUUUGGUGCUCAAGAAACAUUCAUAUUAAAAAUAUUCAUGUUGCCUAAUAUUUUUGUGGAAACCAUGAUACUUUUUCAGGAUUUAUUUGAAGUAGAAAUCUUUUGUGACAAUGUAAAAGUGUUUACUGUCACUUUUUAUCAAUGUAACACAUCCCUGCAGUAUAAAAGUAUUAAAAGGUCAAACUGGCCCCAAACUUUUGAACAGUAGUAUAUAAAAGUACAUAAUUGCCUUCAUUUGCUUAACAUAAGUUUGACAAAAAUGGAUGCAACUUUUUUCUGUUUUUAUUAUGUACGUUUCACAUAUUAUUUUACUUUUUUGUAUUAUUUUAGCUCAUUGUGCAUCAUGUUGCUUUGCAUGAAGGUUUCUUGUACUAGCUACUAUAACUUUGUGAGUAAUUUGAGUGAAUGUCAAGCUUUCAAUCAACACAGUAACACCCUUCAGUUCAUUCAGGAAAUCAGCAUCAUUAAAACUGUUGCACUUAAUAUGUGUGAUGUAAUACUGGAUAUGUAUCAGUACAUAACACUGCUGUUUGGUGCAUAUAGGUCAAACCAUUUAUAUGGUGGACUGAAUAGUACACAAUUAAUUCUUAAAAUUCUGUCUUCUGUCACAUAAGACACGUUGACGAUGAAGGGAAAUAUAAAUGUAUAUCUGGACAUAUCAUGAAACAUUGAAGAUAUUGAAUAUUUUGUUAUUCUUAAAUACACAUUGUACUGGAUUUAUAUUUACAGGAUAUUAUUGCUGUAUGUGUGCACAUGGAUUUGCCAAGUAUAUGCAAAUGCUUUAGAUGUUUUCAUGUCAAAUCUCUAUAAAAACCGUUGCUGUUCUCUUGUUCACCAGAAGUAUCAGUUACACAAACACCUCACGAUAAGAAAGAAAAUGAAAUGUUGUUUGCUGUGCUGUAAGUCUCUGGGAUCUGCAUGUGCCUGUCACAGACUGUUACACAGUCCUCGAUGCUUGAAUGAGAAUGUUUUCAUUGUGUUAUCAAAGAGCGAGAGAGCAUUUGUGGCACUGUGUUUCUCUCUAUGUAAGUCCCUCUGUGCUAAGAGGAGAACAGCACACACCGCAGCGUUGUGUGAAUGUGUAAUCUAGCUCUGAAUAAAGCCAUGAAAAAGAAACAA